UGUACAUCUGUGUGCGUCCUUGGCUGACAGAAUAAAAGCAGGCCAACCCAAAGGAAGAAGAGGAAGAAGAACACAGCGUUCAUAUGAGAACAACAAUGACACAACAAAGGAUGUGUCCUGCAUGGGUGUUGGUGUGUGUGGUUCUGGUGGGUUGGUCCAGAGGAACCGUCAGCCAAUGUUGGGACCAAUCAGACUGCCUGGGGUCGGACUUGGCGAGCGUAUUGGACUGUCUCCAGCUGUGCCCAGCGGACCUCAGAGACACUAACAACGGCCAACUCCGGCUUCCUUCUCCGCCGGACUCCUCUUCCUCUUUACCCGCCAAGCGCUCGUAUUCCAUGGAGCACUUCCGCUGGGGGAAGCCCGUUGGCCGAAAACGCCGCCCCGUCAAAGUGUACACCCCCAACGGGGUGGAGGAAGAGUCCUCUGAGGUGUUUCCUGCUGUGAUGAGGCGAGAUGUAACCAACGACCUACUGACAGGAGCAGUGGAGGAGGUGCCAGUGGCCGAGGAGGUGAUGGAGGAGCAGCUCUUGGAUGGCGUCCAGAAGAAAGACGGUCCCUACAAGAUGAAGCACUUCCGCUGGAGCAGCCCCCCCGCUAGCAAACGCUAUGGCGGCUUCAUGAAGAGCUGGGAGGACGCAAAGCAGAGGCCAUUGGUCACGUUUCUCAAAAACGUCAUCAAUAAAGAUGGACAGAUGCAGGAGUGACACACACAAUGACCACUGUAAAUGAAUGAAGUUAUAUAUAAAGUUUCUGCAGACAAA